CUUUCUCCAGCGUGGUGAGAGGGAAGGAGGGAGGAGGUGGUGCCCGGGGUCUCCCAGACUCUUGGGGUGACAGUAGAUACAGCAAGGGUGAGCUAAGCCGACAGGGACUCAACGAGCAGAGCUUAUCUUGGCUUUGCCAAGUCUAGGGAGAUAGCCGUGUUGUGGCCAGGGCAGCUGGAAAUCCAUUCGUCAGGAAGAUGGAGGCUGGCUGCCUCCGUGGGCAGCCCCCGGUGCCCCACUGUUUGCGCACCGAGCCUGGCCAGGGGCAGAGUGACUGUCCUCUCCCAAGGUGCUGCUGAGUUGGAGGGUUCCAGAAAACAUCUCGUAAUUCCCCCCCCCUCCGCCCCGCUUCCUGCCAAGGCUUCAGUUAAGAGCUCCGCUCUCCCUUGCCUCCGAGGGAGCCCUCAGUGGCAGAAACAGCCCUGAGCCGAGACGGUGCCCUGCCAGCUUAAAGACCUUUAAAGGGACAGGUUCUACCUUACCAAGAUGGUAGACACCGACAGCCAGAUCUGCCCCCUUUCUCCACUCGAUGAUGAUGAUCUGGAAAGCCCACUCUCUGAAGAGUUUCUCCAAGAGAUGGGGAGCAUCCAGGAAAUCUCUCCAUCCCUUGGCGAUGACAGCUCCGGCGCCUUUGGUUUUGGAGAGUAUCAUUGCUUGGGAAGUGGUCCAGGGUCAGACGGCUCCAUCAUUACAGACACCCUUUCCCCAGCGUCCAGUCCUUCAUCUGUGAAUUACACCCCAAUCACAGGCAGUGCUGACGACUCUUCCAGUGCCACAUUAAACAUCGAGUGCAGAAUUUGUGGGGACAAAGCCUCUGGCUACCAUUAUGGUGUGCAUGCCUGUGAGGGUUGCAAGGGCUUUUUCCGGAGGACCAUUCGCCUUAAGCUGGCCUAUGACAAGUGUGACCGCGGCUGUAAAAUUCAAAAAAAGAACCGUAAUAAGUGUCAAUAUUGCCGUUUCCAGAAGUGCCUUUCAGUUGGAAUGUCACACAAUGCCAUCCGUUUCGGGAGAAUGCCAAGAUCUGAAAAAGCCAAAUUAAAAGCAGAGGUUCUUACAUGUGAACACGAUCUAGAAGAUUCGGAAGUUGCAGAUCUCAAGUCUCUUGCCAAGCGCAUUUAUGAAGCCUACCUGAAAAACUUUAACAUGAAUAAGAUCAAGGCCAGAGUCAUCCUGGCAGGGAAAGCCAGCAACAACCCACCUUUUGUCAUCCAUGACAUGGAAACCCUGUGCAUGGCGGAAAAGACACUAGUGGCCAAGCUGGUGGCCAACGGGAUCCAGAACAAGGAGGCGGAGGUGCGGAUAUUCCACUGCUGCCAGUGUACCUCGGUAGAGACUGUCACGGAGCUGACGGAGUUUGCUAAAUCGAUCCCUGGCUUCUCGAGUCUAAACCUGAAUGAUCAGGUGACUUUGUUAAAGUACGGGGUCUAUGAAGCCAUAUUCGCAAUGCUGUCAUCAGUGAUGAACAAAGACGGCAUGUUAGUGGCCUAUGGAAACGGUUUCAUAACCCGGGAGUUCCUGAAAAGUUUAAGAAAACCAUUUUGUGACAUCAUGGAACCUAAAUUUGAUUUUGCAAUGAAAUUCAAUGCCUUGGAACUGGAUGACAGCGACAUUUCCCUUUUUGUGGCUGCUAUAAUUUGCUGUGGAGAUCGGCCCGGCCUCUUGAACGUGGGACACAUCGAGAGAAUGCAGGAGAGCAUCGUGCACGUGCUUCAGCUUCACCUGCAAAACAACCACCCUGACGACGUCUUCCUUUUCCCCAAGCUGCUCCAGAAGAUGGCGGACCUUCGGCAGCUGGUCACGGAGCACGCUCAGCUGGUGCAAGUCAUCAAAAAGACUGAAUCUGAUGCCGCCCUGCAUCCUUUGCUGCAAGAAAUCUACAGGGAUAUGUAUUGAGUUUUUUAGGUUUUUGUUUUUUUUUUUAAAGACAGAACUUUUUCCAGAAUAUUUAAAGCCAACAGAAAUAUUAAUGAUAGAUGGGAGCAAAAAGACUUUGCACAAAUGUCAGCUGUGUUUUAAUCCUAGAACAUGGAAAUCAAUCAUGAUCUAGACAGCUGGAAUACCACAUUUCUAUUGGUUUUUGAAACAGUAUUUCAGAGAGUUUGCUAAGUAUCCAAAAGCUGAUGAUGAGAGGGUCUUGGAUAGUUAGGGUAGGACUGGGAGAUUCCGUCUGAUUCUGUUAAGGCACAUGAUUUUGAUCAAUGCAGAUUUAUUUAUAUUAUGUGAUUUAGUAUUUGGUUAAUUGGUAACCUCAUAAUAAGGACUUUGUUCUGCUUAUCACCUUUGGGUUCUCAUGCUCAUUCUAUGCUAGUCUGAAUAACAAUGUAGCCUUCCUGAUAAGGCCCUCAAGUCAUCUUUGGGGGGGGGGAUGGAAGGGAAGGGCAGGGCUGGGGUGCUCAAUAAGCAGGGAAGGAUUUCUUAGAAAGAUUUCACUUCCAUCAAAAUUUCAAUGAGGGUAAUGGCACUUUUCUAACUAAGAUCUCUUCCAAAGGCUUUUUUUUUUUUUUAAAUUAGACAGUCAGAAAUCCACGGGUUGGACUAGAUACCCACAUUUGCAGUUGUUGAGAUCGUGCCAAGACAGCCGGUCUCCGAUUUACGCAGUAAACUCCAGGUCAGUUCAGUGCUGGUCUGCAGAAUCCAGAAGGACUUCGGUGCUUAACAUCACAAAUCCUGAACUGGCUUUUUGGGUUAGCAGGAGUGACAUCUGAACCUUAGAAUCUGCCUGUUAGGGCUAGAAAGGACCUAAUUAUCUCAUCGGGCCUUCUUCAUCUUACCGCUGACAAAUAGAAACUGCUUGAGGGGAGGGGCUCUUCCAGCUCUGCCCCCCUGCCUCCCAUCCAGGGCCAUUCAGCCUUCCUCACGGAUCAGGCCAACACACUACACUCCUCUUGUUCUUCACUCUCUUCUCACCUGGGCGUGCUGCCUGACUGCCCUGCACCCUCUCCUGGUCACAUCUCUCCUCAACAAUGCUUGUUUGGAGUGUGUUGCUUGUGCCAGUUCUUGUGACCCAGUCCUCCUCCUGCCCCACCUCUGGAUCCAUCAGUACAAACUGUUUCCUCCCCCAGAGAUGAACCAGCGUGAUUUGGACUCAACUGACCACGGCACAUGCCUAGGGAUUCAUUCUUAACAUCUAUCCACCUUUUCCCUUCUUUUCCCUUGUCUGCAUUUUGUCAAGGUGGCUUCUUUGGUCCUUUUUUCUACGACUUUUUAGCCUUUUUGGGUAACAGAAACUCCCUAGUGGAAAAAAUGAAGCCGGUUGGCUUCAGGAUGUUGGGUGACCUGGCCAUCUUACCUUCACUAACAGAAAUGACCUGGGGAAACGUGGAGAUUCCCUAUUCUUCAGAAUAGACGGAGGCUUCUGCUUUACUCUCAGGGUUUAACAACAUCUUGGUUAUUUUUGGAGAUACGUAGUGAGCCUGGUCUCCUUUUAUUUGCCAUGUCAAACUAUUCCCAGGGUCGCUGUUUCCAACAGCCACAGAAAUCUUGAUCACAAGAAUUAAACAUCACUUUCCACAUUUCCGUCCACUUCUCUACAUUUGGGGUUAUCAAUCUGAAACACGUUGAAUUGAGAAUGCCUUCUCCUUACAUGCCAGUUAUAAUAGAGAAACAGCCUCCAGAGCACCCCAUCAGCACAAGCCCCUGCUACCAGAAUACCGCAUCCUCAUCUCGGUCCUGCUAAUUCAGACUCCCGGGGACCGGAGCACCGGACCCCACCGAGGUCUCGAUGUUCUACGGCCAGUGACUCGGCUGGACCCCUGGCCCCAUCGGUCAUGUUAGAUUCAGAACGUCAGCACCAGCAGAGCUUGCUCUGUCAUUGACCCCUCCCCCACUUCGUGGUGGGGAUGAGGUCGUGGCAUGUCCUGUCUCGAGAUUGUCAGGGAUUCUGCUGAGGAGGAACCUUAAUAAUAUGUUAUGAGGAGAGGAAUAAAAUGGAAAGGAAUUUCCAGCUUAGCUGGAAUUAAGCCUAAGUUCACAGAUCCAGGGCUGUGGGAGACCUCAGAGGUCUCCUAAUCUAACACCCUCGUUCUACAGAGGAGGAAACUGAGAGCCCAGGGAGGCUGAGGGACUUCCUGAGGCCACACAGGCGGUAAGUGUCAGAGCGGGAUUCACAACCAAGUCCUCUGGCCCCAGAACCAGCAAAUCCCCUUUCUGGGACGUCGGGGCUGCCGACAUCAUUUUGUGGCAGAUGCGCUGACUCACUCUCCACACACAGGCAGGGCAGCGGCUCACGUCCAGCAACACUACCAGAGCAGAGCCCCGCAUUUUGACUCUGGAAGGCAGAUUAUUUCAGUUUGGCCAGGCUGACGGCACAGCUAACCUGAGCUGUCUCAGAUGCCGGUCUCCCAUGAAAGUGCAGGUGUGAACUCUAGAUGUCUAGGCUAGACUCCUGAAGGGUGAUUCUGGUGGCUCUGGUGGGGUCCCAGCAGGGCUGACCAUCAUCCCCUUGGUGCACUGAGGUUUGCAGCAUCUCAUCACCCAUCAGUGACCAUAAAACACUUGCUCCAAGUCUACAUGAAUUUAAGUCCUUCGGCCAUGUGAGGCCAAGAUUCUGACGAGCUCUUUUCUAUGUGGUAUCGUGCUCAGAGAGCACAGUACGGCCCCUCCAAACAUGGACGAGCAAACUCCCUGGGACGGGAAUGGACCUGCCUGAAUCCCAUAGCCAGUCUUCCCGACAGCCACGCCAGGGAUCUCCAUGUCCUGUUAGAAUAGAAAAUCUGGAUAACCUAAGGGCUGCUCAUGGAAUUUUCCUCUACAAUCUUGGACUAAGCAAGUUCAGUAAGCCCAUUCCUCUGGUGGUCCCUGCACAGAAAUGGGUCUUGGGGCUUCUGUCUCUGCUGCCAGUUUCCCCAGUCUGGGGUGGGUCACAACUGGCCACAGCCCCAAUCCCUCUUCCAUGCUGAGUGGACAGUGGGACAGCUCCCCUGUAUCUAGGGGUCUGAGACCCAGCAAGGCCCCUCCCCACAGGAUGCAAGGGAAGUCACUCCCCUCCAGUGCUCCCACCUGCGGGAGCCAGGCACCGGAAUGGGGACCCCCUUCUCUGCAAGGCUGCAGGCUUGCUCUCAUUCUGGGCCCGAUGGUGAAGAGGUCUGAGAAGGACAUGCACUCACACCAUUGGGAAUUGGGUAUCUAUUCAGAAUGGAGAGUAAGACCAAAGCCAGAUUCUUCCAUCCUGUCUCCAUCAGAGCUGGGCUUAUAUAUGACUUAGUCAUAAAACAAACCAUGGCUUACUGUCCCUCUCCUGUUUAAUGUUUCCUAGACCUUUAUUACAAACCCCUGUGGGGGCAAAAUUAACAUCUCUUUGACCUGACAGAGUGUAGAGGGAGAGGACUGAUUCUGAGCACCAAGGAGCACACCCCUCACACUCCCUAUUUGAAGGGAGGCUUCAUUUGUUUUUUAAGGGACAGAGUCCCAGGCCCUAAAAAAGAGUGUCUGAGGGCCAUUUCCAUUGGGCCAAACUCUCUUCCUCCAAAAGUCAGAAUUUGAUCAGUACAUGGUAACCUUAGAAGAGAGAACCUUAGAACCUCAUCGCUGGGACCACCAUGGCUAAUGCCCUUGAGCUGAUAUGGAGCAGAGGGGAGGCGACUUGCCUGGAGUCCAGGCCUUGGCCUCCAAGGAUCCUUCAACUGUCCCUCAUGGGCUCUGUCCCUGGUGCAUAAGCACCAAGCACAACCUAACCUUUUCAUGAUUUCAUCACAAGAUCUCACACUCUUGCACAGUCCAACAGUGCCUCAGGAGAUGCUUACAACUAGGCGGUGCUAACAACUACUGUAUUCUGGGCACUGAAACUUGAUUUUUUUUUUUUUAACAAGGCUGAGAGGUGUGGGUAGGUAGCCCACAGGCCUGUGGCUAAAACAGCCCCUCCUCCACAGGCCUGUGUACUCCUUGCUGCUCUGGAGCAGGGCACUCUGUCCUCUGAUGCACUAACACUCUUCCCCUCCCCGAAUCCAUGAACCUCCCACUAGGCAGAACCCUGGGCCUGUCUGUCCCCAGGGAGAUACCCCUGGAGAGUGGCCAAGCUAAAGCUGACCAAGCCAAGAUCCCAAAAUAAACCCAAGGAAAAUGGUGAAUGGCAAGUUGUCAGGAAAGCACCAGAGAAAUGAGGGCAAUGACAGAUCUGGGCUACGCACUGCCAUUGGUGAUGGGCCCUCAGACAGGGAUGGGAAUGCAAAAGCUGUCCCUGCAGGCCCACACGCCUUCACUUUGGAACCCAGGUAGCCAGGGCCUGGAACUGUCCAGCCAAAAGUAGACACAAUGCCUGAGAGUCUUCAAAGGCAUAUCUUCCCUACUUUCUAUUGUCAUCUACAUACUUUCAGAUUUACGUUUGUGUCAAACCCUGCUGCUCCCCAUGGGCAGGGCAGCCUCUACUCCUUUGAUGGCUGACUCCUCCAACUAACCCAGGAGCUGAUGCUGACUCAUUACUUUGUUUUUUUUCUUUUUUUGCAAAGUGCUUUUCUUAUACGAUUAUAUGAGGGGGGUAGAUGUACUAAUCUCCAUUUUACAGAUGGAAGCUAAGCCUGAGAGAGGCUGGCUGACCUGCGUGCGGUCACCUCAAGGCCUCUCAAACCUCCUUUCCUGUCAACUCCCAACGGGUCCUCAGCCCCAAGAAGGGAAAAAGCAAACUGGUCACUGUUGGCAGGGACCGCUGAACACUCACUGUUCUUGUUAACUCUCUCUCAGCAGCAGCAGGAUGGUCUUUGGCUCCACUGCCCAAAGGCACCCUGGACAGGGGGCAUCAGCUACCUGUGGACGUUGAUUGUUCCCUUGGCAAGCUUCCACAUUGACAUGGUACAGGACCAAGAGCACAGACCUCGGUUCCAGGUCAGGUUCUACCAUUUACUGUAAGCUAUGUCAUUUCUUUCUGAGCCUCAGUUUCCUCCUUUGUAAAACUGAGAUGAUGAUACUGGGGUUGCCUGCCUCCCCGAAGGUCUGCAAGGGAAAGCCCUGUUAAGCACUGAGAGCCAGCUCUAAAGAGGAGGUCAUGAUGCCUCUCCACUGACCCAGGUGCAGACUAGGACAGAAACGGGGAAAAGAGCUCAGCACCAUUGCUUCACCAGUCACAGGGCGAGCAAGAGGGCGCUGUUCUCCAGCAGUCACACCCUAAGCCCCCACUCAAAGGAUCCAUGCCCACCAAACAGCCUGGGUGAUACACAGCAAUGCCCAAGGAGCAUGCUCUCCUCCUUCUGCACGUCCCCAGUCACGUGUCGCAGCCCUCGACAGAAAGGCACAGAGGAACAGGAAGGAAGCUGGCCACUGCCCUGGGUCCUCCCCUCUCAGCUGGCUGGCUGGAGGAGCCCUCCCUUUCAGCUCUAAAGAUUUCAUCCUACCAAAAACACUCUUCCAGCACCAAGAAUUGAUCCUUUCAUUUGACCAAGUUUCCAGUGAGUUCCUUUUCAGAAACCGAAAGGCUGGUUUUUAUUGAGCCAUUCAUCGCAUAAAGCUUUGGGGCUGUCUCCUGAUUAUCCCAGAAGGGAGAGAAUCCCCCUCGUAAAACACGUAACACAGGUCUGGUCUUGAUCGGGCGACACCAACAAAGCCUGUCAGAAGAUCGAUGUGGGAGACACCACUUGCCAACCUUUUCCCAGGGCUCGGUGCCUCUGGCCCCCAGGGCUGUCAAGGGCAGGCUGGAAGCCUCCAGGAAUGCUAGAAACAUUAGCACCACAGUGCCUUGCUCAGAGUUUUGGGUUUGCUGGGAUGUCAUCAAAAACAAUAUUGGGAGUGUCUAGAACUCACUAGUGAGAAACGUCAAAGGAGCGCUGGAUGGGCAGCAAAAGGCUGGGAUUCUAGCCCUGCUCCAUCCCCUGGGCACCCUGUGGGUCUCAGUCUUCCCCACCUGUUAACUGGGCAGCAAUGUUCAUCCUGCUCAGCUCACAGGACACUGUGAACAAAGACUUGUCUAUACAUCAAGUGCCAAUGAAACAUGCUCUCCAUCCUGGAAGGUUGGGAGAGGUCUUGGACCAGGGAUGCCUUGCAAUGUCAGUUCAAAAAUGUAUGAGGAACGAAGUUUAGCAUGAUUUUUAAAAAAUGUGUGGGGGAGGGCGAGUCCAUGGAAAAUAUGCUACUAAGGUUGUUCCAGAAAGAGUCACGGUGGAAGCAACAUUAAAGAUCGCUCAUCCAAGCUUAUUUUAUAGAUGGGGAAACUGAGGCCAGGGAGGCCAUGUGCCCAAGGUCACGUGGGUGAGACUCAAAGAAAUAGGCCUCCUGACUCUAAUCUGUUCUUCUUCCUGCCCUACGCUACCUUCACCAUCCCAAGCAGAUCUUUAGAGAACCUUGGCAUCUCUCAGCACUGGGCAAUCCCUGGACAAUGCUUCCAGUGAGUGCAAACCCUAAUUUGAGUGCCUUCAAAGCCCACGGUUAAUCAUCCCCCAACCGCAGCAGUUACAUUCAUAGGUUCAUAUCUGCCUGAAAGUGGAAGGCUAUAUUUGUCCCACUAUGUGGAACGAAACCCAACCACCUCCAAAAAGAUGUACCCCAUCAGCCCUGGCUCAAAGACAUAUCAUUUCUUUUUGAUGCCCUAGCUGGGGCUCCUGUGAAAGGGUAAAGGGAGAGCCGCCCUACUCCCCAUCCCCUCUGUGCCUUGAAAGACUAGGUGGUCCUAUACCUAGAGGGCCAACAGAUGCAGGGAACGCCAAACCUUGGCGACCCUCAGAAAAGACCUGGGGUCUCCAGGCCCUAGACCUCACUGCUCAGGUAAGGGCUGUUCCCCUCCCUUACCUACGCAAACCAACUGCUAGAGGGCUUGAGCCCAGUUUUGAAACACGUGGGGCAAGCUUCUACCGAUGAUUUCAAAGGUAAUUCCUUUUUUUAAAAUGGCAGCAGUGCCCAGUGCAGGGAAAACAGUGAGUGCUUUGGAGUGUCUGCAUGAAUGCAUGCACUAUAACUGAAUGAAUGACAAACAAAUGAAGGCUUCACUUUGGCAACUGUCUCCUCUACUGCCCUUCAGGACUCCCUUCCAGGCUGAUGCUCGGAGCCACUCCCUGUAAUGGAAAAUCCAUCGCAGUGACAGCUGGAGGGGCACUGCCUUACCAGAGUAAUCUUUGGAUCACUCGACAAAUCCCAUAGUACAAAGGUAUUUUAAUCAACCAAAGUAACAUCUGUGACCUACACGAUAGGCUUUUAAAUCCGUGUCUUCUGUAAAUUCUUAAGGAUGUCAGUAAGGUGCGUGGUUUUCUGGCAGAUUAGAAAUACAAAGUGGGUAGAAUAAAACCAAGUUCUGGUCAUUUAGAUUUAAAAGCCAUUCCAUUUCUUUUUUAAUUAAAUCUUUUUUUCAAUUAACAGGCAUUUUAUUUUCUCUUUUCAUCUCCCUUUCUCCCCCACGGGGGAAAAAAAGGAAAAACAAAACCUUUGUAACAAACAUGCAGUCCCGCAUUGGGCAGGUCCACAAACGUUUGUCUCACUGUGCGUACAGAUUCCAUCCCCAGUCUGUCAGGACGCGGGCAGCCCGUUUCAACCAUGGCCCUUCGGCGUCAUGGCUGGCCGCUGCAACGACUCAAGGUCCUCAGUCUUUCACAGUUGCUCAUCUUUACAGUGUUCUUACUGUGCACAGCAUUCUCCUGGGUCUGUUCACUUCCCCCAGGUCACUUCCCAGGUUUCUCUGAAGCUAUCUUUUUCAUUUCUUGACGCACACAAGUAGUCUAUUACAUUCAUACGCCAUAAUUUGUUCAGGCACUCCCCAACUGAUGGCUUCUAACUCUCCUUUCUUUGAUCUCUCUGAGGUAUAAGCCAAGUAAGGAUGUUACUGCUGGGUCGGAGAGUAUGCAUUUAUGGUGACUUUUUAGGCACUGUUCUAAAUUACUUUCCAGGAUGGCUGGACCAUUCUUUACCAAUAGGGCAUCAUUGACCUGUUUUCUCACAGCCUCUCCAAAAUUUGCCAUUUUGCUCUUUUGUCAACUUUGCCAAUCUUACGGAUGUGAGGAAGAACCUUUAAGGUGCAUUUCUCUAACUAUUAGUGAUCUGAAGGAUUUCUUCACAUGGCUAUUGAAAACUCCUAUUUCUUCCCUUGAGAACCGCCUGUUCAUAUCCAUUUAGCCAUCUGUCAAUUGGGAAUUUCCUCUUGCAUCCUUCUAAAUUUGAGUCAUCUCCUUAUACAGCUUGGAAAUAAGACCUCCACUAGGGAACAUUUCAUUUCUACUUAGUUACCCAGAAUUUAUUUUCAUCUUAGUCUGUCACAUUAACUGAAGUGCCUGGCACAUAGUAGGCACUUAAUCAAUGUUUACUGGCUGACUGACCAAGGCAAGACCUGCCCCACCCAAUCACCAGUUUGUACAAACAACAAUGCCUCAUUGCACUAAAUGCUGUUUGCCUAUCAAAGGUAACCCAAACACAUCUCCCACUGCUGCUGUUUUCAUUAUCCAGUAUUCUCACCAAAGAAAGCUGUCAUUGUGGAGGCUGGUUCACUUACAUCUCUGUGCUCAGUCAUUAAGAGGGAAGGCCACAGAACUGUGACUGCAGGCAUGGCUCGCGCCAUGCUGACAAACAUAGGGUGUGCCUGCUGGUGUCGUGGUCCUUUCUUCUGCUGACUCAUAAAAAUGCCCAUGUUUCUAUUCGCUUCCACUAAGCCAGGGCCUCCAAGAGGGAGAGCCUCCCUGGACCCGGGCAGAAAUUGCCAAUUUAGAGAGUGUGGUAUUCAAUUCUGUCUCUUGGUGUUUGUGUUUAUCUCAGAACUUCUUAGGUGCCUUAACUGCCCUGAAAACGUCACCAAGUUUGGUGAAGGCUGUUCAUUCAUAACACUACUAAACAGGGGGAGUUCACGGGGAGCAGCUACUGACGAACCUUCCUGUAUAACCCACUAACUCAGGUGAAUGUCUCUCGUGUUCUUGGACGACAGCAGGACAGGGACGGAACGGGACUGAAAUGAAACGCUUGAGGACCUCAGGAAACAGGACAGCCCUGACUGCCAAGCUGCUGUUUGACACUUGGAUAAGGGAGAAGGAAGAGGGAGGGAGGGAGAGAUGGCCUUUUUCUAUUCCCAGGGAUGGAGCACGGGUGCCUCCUGUGGGGCAGGGUAUAAGCAAGUCUAAAGCCAUUUUCAAUGUUUUAUCAUUUGUUAUGAGCUUUCAUUCACUAAGAAGGGACUGAACUGAGAGUAUCCACUAAUGAUUUAUAGCUUGACUUUAUAGGAACUUAUGUUCUUGGGAUGUCAUACUAUAAGACUGAUGAAUGUAAAGAGCUAAUUUCAAGGUACAGUUUGCCUUAAAAGGUUUUUAAAAGAAUAAACUAUUUUUAAAAGUCGA